CUUUCUUCCAUCAUUUUCUGAGUGCAGUUGACUUGUGUGAAGCUGGUGAUUCAGCGUUACAGGCCUCAGCAGGUGUCUGGACUGACGGAGGUCCAAGAUGCCUUCAUCCACCAGAACAAAGAAGAGAAAGUCAGAGAAGGAUAUUUUGGAGUCCCAGUCCAAAUCUUCUAAAGUCACCUUGCUGAGCCCGUCUCUCCUCCUACUGGAAAUCCCUGCUGACACCAACACCAGCCUCCCAGUCUGGGAUGCCCUGAGAUCUCAGCACCUCAACAUUGCCUGGACCUUCAACCCCUACAGCAUGACCAUCCACUUGACCCCUGUGACCUCUAAGCAGAGCACCACCACAACUUCCAGCAAAAGUGAGAGUCCGUCGAGCGUGGCACAGACCUCAGCGCCUUCUUCCAGCAUGCUGCAGCCUCAGAUGGUCAUCCAGUCCAUCGCUCAGCUGUAUGGCGCCUCCCAGAACACCUCCUGUGUCGUGCUCAACUUCUCUCAGAACAGUACCCAAUCUCUGCCAAGCCCUCCAAACCCUAACCCAGCCACCUCCCUCAUCUGUCCGCUGCCUCUCAUCAUCACCCAACCACAGCCUGCCUGUCUGCCCAGCACCCCUACGAAGAAAGAGGUCCCGCCCGCCAUCCAGACCCCGACAGCCACCCCCACCAAGCUGCAAGCCCCAUCCAAGGUGCCUGUCCUGUCUCCGUUCCACACGAAGAGCUCGGCUGACAUCCAGAUCUGUGACAACUUCCUCUUGAAUAUGUGUCACGCCGGGAAGAAGUGUAAGAUGCACCACACUCCCUACCCGUUUCACUGGCAGCUGUGGAGUGUGAUCACACACCAGUGGAUCGACAUCGCCCCUCACUCUCAGGUCUUACUGGAGAGGAUCUACAGUGAUGUCACCCAAGAGGUCAUUUACCUCAAGGAUGGGCAUGUACGCUACACUCUGAACUUUGACUCGAUGGAGUUGGAUGACCCAUCUAAAUAUGAUGCAGUUAGACGACUGACAAACUCAGACAGUCUGGUCAGCAACCCUUACUUUCCGAGCAAAUGGAAAAUCUACUGGUGGAACAACUUCGAGUGGGAAGAGUACAACAAGACUGUGUCCACCUGUCUGCUGAAGAAGAUGAGUAAAAAGGAGCCAGAGUCUUCCUUCUGUAUUGGCUCACAGGAGUACAAGGUUGACUUCACCACCAUGACUCAGACCAACGUCACCACAGGGUUCCAGAGGGAAGUUCGCUGCAGACCCGUCUACCGCUCCCCUGAUUCCAUGCAGCCAUACCUGCAGACAGGAAUCCAGACUGCCAGUGAUCCCCCACCAGCCAACUUCAGCGUGGACCCCCUAGAGGAGUUCAGCUCAUGGUAUCCUCCAGUGUGGUGUCUGGCCUCAGAGCAAGACUACAGCCUGGUGGAUGUUCCGGCCGGCACACAGGCCUACAGGGCCGUCCAAAACCUCUUCCAUGAGAGCCUACCAGAGACCAAGGUGGACAUCAUCAGCAUCCAGCAGGUCCAGAACCUCCUCCACUGGGACAAGUACCAAAGGCACAAAGCUUACAUGCAGAAGCAGCAUUCCAAGUCCAAGGAGCCUUUGGAGAGACAUCUCUUCCACGGGACAACCAAAGAGGCCUCAGAGGAAAUCUGCCACAAUAACUUUGACCCUCGCCUGGCCGGGGUCAACGGAGCAUCCUGCGGUUAUGGCUCCUACUUCGCCACCACCGCCUCCUUCUCCAACACCUACUCAGCUAAGACGGGGCCAGAUCAGGUCCGCCACACGUUCCUGGCCAAAGUCCUGGUAGGGAAGGUGAGUGUUGGGAAGAGCAACUACCGCCGGCCGCCGCCACUUAUCUCGAAGCGGCAGGAGUACCGUCUGUAUGACACCUGUGUGGACAACGUGGACCAACCCACCAUGUUUGUAGUUUUUGAUAGCUGUCAGUGCUACCCAUAUUACCUCAUCAAGUAUAAAGACCUGCCCAAGGAGAUUGAUAUUUGAUGAAAAAGAAAAGGCAUUGAUUGCAGGAGAGCUAGUUGAUGUUAAUUGUUCAUACAUAAACAUCGUUAAAGGUAUCCAGUUUUAAGAUGACCUGAAAUGUUAUCAAAUUUUAUCAUCAACAGCUUCAGUAAAUGCUCAGUUCGCUUGGAUAAAAUGCACAAUAUAUAGAUUAUAUGCAAUGAUGUUUGCCCUGACAACAAUGAAGACAUGUAAGCAGACAGUUAAAAUGUAGUUCAAACUCACAAAGCACUUUAUUUUGGUUAUUCAAACAUUUUUACAUCAAUGGAAAUGAGUACUUUUGUUUUUCUGAAUCAAAUUGACAUCUGUUAGGUUUAUGAAAAUAAACCCCUCACUGGAUACAUUCAUCUCUGCAUUUCAACAUGAUAAACAAGUUUGACCAUCCAUUGUUAUAUUUCUAUCUGUUAAAAUACAGCCAUAUACCUGAUUGUAUGUUUUUUUUUUUGUUGUUGUUGUUUUUUCAAACGUUAGACUGGAAUGUGUUUUACCUGUGUCUUGUAGUAAAAGCAUUUAUAUUUCAAAA